AUGAGCAACCAACCAUGGCUUGACAGUCUCUCUGAUGACUGGCCAUCUCCAGCUUCGCCCAGCAGUCCAGUACCCGUUCUACCUGUUCUACCAGAGUCGCCUAAAACCAGUCAGCAGGGAACCCCCAGUCGCAUUCCUGUGCCUGCGCGGCGUUCCUUAGAACAACAAUCGCCGGGAAGCAACAAAAAGGAUAAGGUUACCCGACCAUGUCAUUUCCAUAGAAGAGAACCUCCGACUCCGAAAACUCCACGAACACCCAAAACACGCAAACCUCGAUCGCCUGCCCCGGGUAGUUUGAAAUCCAGUACCCCCAAGACCAACCCAAAGACCUACUCCAAAAGCCCCAAGGUCAGCCCCAAGCCCACCCCGGGUGCGGCUCGCAGGCAGCCCUCAAUGGAUACGCGCUCCCCUCUACGAUCGGUGUCGAACGUCUCCAAGGCCUCCACACAAUCCGAAUUCGACGGUACGGUUCAGAUCAAAUCGAAGGGCAAGGAUACAAAAGAGGGUACACCAGAAUGGCGCAGGCGACUAGUGCGCGGGGAAAUCGCCGCUGGCGAGCAACGGGACCUGUUCGCGCCGAUGGGACUAGAAAGCGUGUUCAAGCCGCCCACACCUGGUGCUGCAACGGCGCAACCAGCCUCUACCCCGUUUACGAAGCAGGACGACCAUCUGUGGGAUUUCACCGAUACACCUUCGCGACAGGAUAGAGAGGAGCACAACAGUCGCGACGAUGAUCUCGAACGCGUCAUCAACGAGGAUGGAAGGGACAAUGGUGACCGAUCGCCGGAAGGAACUGUCAAUCGCGCUCCUUGGGAGAAUAUUGGGGACCUGGGCGUGGAUUGGGACCAGGAAGGGUUCUCACAACCGGGGAACACACAGCUACGGACAGCUAGUGGGCUGGAGGAUCUGCGCAACGAGGGAAUCACACCCAUAACCUUCUCCCGGAACAACACUGUCGAUGGCAAUGGGACUUCAGAAGUCAUCAAGUCUGCGCUGAAGCAGGUCACCAACAAGUUGGAAGGCCUGUCGAUCAAAAAUGAUAGUCGUCCGGACUCCCCCGCAAGCGAUAGCUUCCUUUUCUACAACCAAAGUGAACCUCAUGCGGAUGGGUCUCCACUAGAUGACAGUUUGCUGGACGUGACAAGUCAUUCUCUACCCCAGGAUCUGUCUAUGGGGACGGUGGACUUCAAUAGUCGGCGAGGAAAUCGCUCCUUCCCUCGGCGAUUCUCCCCUUCGCCCUUUCCUUCCCAUCGUUUGUCCCCCACAACCCUCGCCAACUCUAAAAUCCGAAGUUCCCCCUUGUUCAACCCCCCUCACAAGACCGCGUCACCUGGUCUACCGCGUCCUUCCUCGUCUCAUGUUCGGCCAUCCACGGCUGGAGCAGAAAAUGAGGCCAAGAUGCCGUCAUCAGGAAGUCCAUUGAAGCUAUUCGGUGACCAUGACACAUUCACUAAUAACAGACUUCUCCGACCGACACAUCAGAAGGAGAGGAGCCCCCCUUCGCCCUCAGAAGAAGCGCGAAGAAAAGGCGAAAACCGCAGCUUUUUAAAUGCGAGACAUGAACCAUUGCAGGAGAUCUCUCCUAGGCGAAACGAACGUCUUGGAUCUCGCAAUGCUGUACAUCGGAUUAGCCAAUUUGGGGGUGGCGAGUUGGACAAAUUUGAUUUCUCAGACACCAGCCCUUACGAGCACAAACUGGUGUACGAUGAGGCCGGAGGGUUUGGGUCCCGUCCAUCUUCACGCAAGCGAUCGUCAACCCGGCAACAAUAUCUCCGUGGCCCCUCACAGCAAGGGUUGUAUCAUUACACUAGAUCAGCGAGUUCGGGAUUCACCAGGAAACCAUCUGCCUGGAUGCGCCAGGAUUUCUUUGAUGAUGUGCGGCACGGGACUCGUCCGAACAACAAGGAAAAUAUGGCCCCUGAUGUCAAGCGAGUACCCCGGGCCCCCGGCAUGGACCCCACCCCCAAACGGCGCCGAACAAUUAUGAGAAACAACAGCGCCGAUCCCUAUCACAGUACCAAUGGCGGUUCGCCUCAGAAGUACGGUGACAGCAUGUCGCUGUUGCAACGAAGUCUUAUGCAACAUGGUGUACAACUCGAAAAUAGUGACUAUCUUGCUCCGCCUGGCCUUUCUCAAUCGAGGCAACGACCUCGAACACCCACACCAAGCCAAAUACGAACAGACGGGGAAAGCCAUGUUGCACCGCACAGAGAUUUCUCAGAAUCCAAUUUCGACAAUAACGAUUAUUCGGAUUCAUUUUCCCUUGACGGUGACGUUCCACUAGUGAAGAUUACUGGGACCAGCGACACCUCACGAAAAGGAUCUAUCACCACUCAGGAUUAUUUAAACGAGGCCACCAAGAUCAUGGAUCUCAUCAGAUCCAAAGGACGAGGCGCGGCUGGAUUGACAAGCGUACAUGAGUCUGACGUGGACAGUGAAGGCGACGACUUCAGCGACGACGACGAAUCCACCCGGGAAGCGUUUUCUCGCCCUCCGAGCCGUGACGGAACGGAUCUUCGCAAGUUGAGAGAGGUGAAGGAGUUGAAUCCACUGAUCUUGAGUCACCUGAAAAAAUACCAGGAGCAAGAUGAUCCGAAUGACCGCGAGAUGUCCCUGCAUGCUCGUCAUGGCCAGGACGAGGGCCCAACCGAGCUCGGUGAAUCAAACUCACAGAAUAUCCGAAUUCAAGGCCCGAGGAAACGAAAAACUAGUGGCAUGACUGAUGACACGGCGGAAAAUAUCGCCCAGGAUCUGAUGACUAUCAACACACAAAUGUCUGGCUUCAGUGUCACCUCCGUGCCCACGGGUUCUUCGCAAAGCUCCCAAGUCAAGGGCAUGCUGGCGUCUGACCUUGUAGCCCACCUGAUCCCAAAUGAGGUCAAUGGCUUCAAGUAUGACCGUUCGAAGAAUCAAUGGGUGAAAGAUGAGGUGGAAGAACCACAGGCACCAAUAUCCGAACCUGCCGAUGAGGCUGAUGAUCCAUUCAGAGAUAUUCCGGAUCUCAGUGUAGAUGAGCUCCAGGAGAUGAUGCGAGUCCAUGGCCUCAGUUCUCCCACCAAGAGCGACGCCCCAAUUGACCAGGAACAACCUAAGGCCCGCAGUCCUUUGGCUGCGAACACAUCCCCCAAAAAACCUGAUGUUCGACCACACACGAGGGACGGAGAACCAUCCCUCGGUGCAAGCUCGGUUCAAUCAAGACUGACUCGCUUCACCUCCAGUGUUCCUAACACUGGGACAAGAGCUACAUCAUGGGGCACGGACGAGGACGCAGAAAGGAAAAUCUCCGAGCAAGGAAAACUUGAAGCCCAGCGCGAGGAGCCGUUGUCUUCGAAGACCCCACGAUCUCUAGGAAAACAAGCACGUGUCGCAACAGUGAAUCUCUCAUCGCCCCUUGUUUCACGCCCCUCUUCUCGCGGUGAGCCUGAUAACGUCCAGUCCGACCCGAACGCGAAUCACACCUACCACGGAAUUGUGCCAGACGAGGAUCCAGCCCCAGCGGACCACGAAAAUGGCUCAAUACGGUCAUCCGCUCCUCCCACGGGGCGUCAAACUUCAGUCGGUGGACAGCCGUUCAUUCGACGUCCUAUCUCGAGGAUUGAGGAGAGGAACGAGGAGACUGUUGAUGACCAAAGCCUCAUCCGCAGGAAUGACUCACUUCAUGUUCAAGAAACGCCCGCCAGAACCGAUGGAGAGCAUUCUUUGAUACCUCUCCAGAGCGCCGGGCCGGACACGAGCUAUAGCUUCCACCUCAGCCCACUUGCGGACUUUACUGUCAACCAAGGCGAUAAACCCCUGAAGCUUGAAAUGAGCUAUGUGGCUCAACGCACAAACCCCUCCUCUUUGCGACAAGUGCAUGGGACGUUCGCAUUGGCAACUGAAGAUUUGAUCAAGCAUAUUACUGACGUGGAACCAUAUGAGCCUUAUUGGGAACACGUGCGCCGCCUUGUCUUGCGCCAGAAGGGAUUGAUUACGCUUCACAAGCUGAACGAAUUCUGUCCCCGACUAGAGGAGUUGGAUGUUUCUGAUAACGACAUUGGUCAAUUGAGUGGCAUUCCCUCAACCCUGAGAACCCUCAAGAUUCCUAGAAACUGCCUCUCUAACCUGACUCCCUGGAGUCACAUGAUCAAUUUGCAGUAUUUGGAUGUUUCAGGAAACGAUAUUGAGACGCUGGAUGGCUUCGCGAGCUUGAUUCAUCUCAGGGAAUUGAAGGCCAAUGACAAUCAGAUCCGCAACAUUGACGGGAUUCUUGAUCUGAAUGGCUUGCUAAGCCUGAAGCUGAGCAACAACUCUAUCACUGCAGUGGAUUUUGAAGGGUCCGAGUUGACACGUCUUCGUGAUCUUGACUUGAGCCACAACUGUCUGACAUCUGUUCGCAAUGUCGAAUGGCUUCCGUCACUUGCCACUCUCGAUGUGAGCGCCAACCAAAUCAGCCGUUUUGACUCCACUGCUUCCCUUAUCAGUCUCCGCGCCCUGAAACUCUCUGAAAACAAAUUGGAGGCUUUAGAUGCACGAGCUUUCCCGUCUGUGAGCCUUCUCUACCUCGACCAAAACCACCUUUCUACCGUUAUUGGCCUUGAGAAUUGUCACAAUCUCGAGGUACUGUCUCUCCGAGAGCAGACACCGUCCAAAGAAAAGGACAUUGAUCACAGGCUGAAUAUUGAUUUGGGACUUGUCAAGGAUGUUCGCAAAGUCUUUUUGUCCUCGAACAAGCUUUCCCCUCAAAGUGUCUGCCCUUCUGCCCCGCUACUACAACUUCAACUUCUUGAUCUAGCUGCGUGCACAUUGAAAAGUCUCCCGAGUGAUUUUGCUUUGAGCUUCCCGAAUCUCAAGGUCCUGAACUUGAAUUUCAACUCGGUUGAUGAUGUUGAGCCACUGGUUGGAAUGAAUUGUCUUGCCAGACUGAUGAUUGUCGGCAACCGUCUCUCAAGGAUGAGAAGAGUCUGUCAAAUCCUCAGUCGACUAGGAAAAACCGGAAAAGGAACUGCAUGUUCCUUACGCAAGCUUGAUCUCCGUGGGAACCCGUUGACUAUUGGCUUUUACCCUCCAGCAGUAACUGGGAGUGGCAAUGCCGAUCGCAAGAAAUUGAAGCCUCAAGAACAAGCAGUCGUCCGGCACCAAGGAACCCACCGGGAUCUUUCUGAUGCUCUAGCUGAGCUCGGGAACGAUGACCAGAUCUCUCACCGCGCCACCAUGGGCGAUGAAUCGAAGACAGACAGAGACAUCGAAGUUGACGACCCAUACACACUUCCGCUCGCCGACCCACAAGCGGAUGUGAAGUACUUAAGACACCUCGAUCAAGCCACACGUCUACGCCGGAGAGUGCUAGAGCUCUUGCUCUACGCUGGCACGAGUGGCUCCCUCCACACCCUCGACGGACUAGACCUUCGGCCCUCCCUGGGCGACGAGUCCUCCGACAUGAACAAAGCAUGGGCCAGACUGGAGCACCUUGGUGUAUUGCGGAGGAAGGCGAUCAAAAAUUAG